UGCGCUGUGCAUUGAAUGUCUGCGUCCUGCUUCCCUCUGCCAGUGCUGCGGGACGACUUCAGGCAGAACCCCACUGAUGUGGUGGUGGCGGCGGGGGAGCCCGCCAUCCUGGAGUGCGUGCCCCCCAGGGGCCACCCCGAGCCCACCACCUUCUGGAAGAAGGACAAAGUGCGCAUCGACGACCGCGACGAGAGGAUCACGAUCCGGGGAGGGAAGCUGAUGAUCUCCAACACGAGGAAGAGCGACGCGGGGAUGUACAUCUGCGUGGGGAGCAACAUGGUGGGAGAGAGAGACAGCGAGACGGCACAAGUCACCGUGUUUGAGCGGCCCACGUUCCUGCGUCGCCCCAUCAACCAGGUCAUCCUGGAGGAUGAGACGGUGGACUUCAGGUGCCAGGUGCAGGGCGACCCCCAGCCCAACGUCCGCUGGCGCAAGGACGACGUGGACGUGCCCCGCGGGAGGUAUGAAAUCAAGUAUGACAAAGACGACUACGUCCUGCGAGUGAAGAAGGCGUCCACCACCGACGAGGGAACGUUCACCUGCGUGGCGGAGAACCGCGUGGGCAAGCUGGAGGCCUCGGCCACCCUCACCGUCAGAGCUCGCCCCGUAGCGGCCCCCCAGUUCGUGAUCCGACCGAGGGACCAGAUCGUGGCGCAGGGCCGCGUGGCCACCUUCCCCUGUGAGACCAAGGGGAACCCCCUGCCCGCCGUGUUCUGGCAGAAGGAGGGCAGCCAGAACCUUCUGUUCCCCAACCAGCCCCAGCAGCCCAACAGCCGCUUCUCAGUGUCUCCGGGCGGAGCCCUGACCAUCGGCUCGGUGCAGCGCUCCGACGCCGGCUACUACAUCUGCCAGGCGCUCACCGUGGCGGGCAGCAUCCUGGCCAAGGCUCAGCUGGAGGUGACCGACGUUCUGACAGACAGGCCGCCGCCCAUCAUCCGUCAAGGGCCGUCCAAUCAGACGCUGGGGGUGGACAGCGUGGCCUUGCUGAAGUGCCAGGCGUCCGGAGACCCAAUCCCGUCCAUUAGCUGGCUGAAAGAUGGAGUCAGUCUGCUGGGCAAGGACCCGCGCAUGUCCCUGCAGGAGCUGGGCAGCCUCCAGAUCAGGAGCGUCAAGCUCUCUGACUCUGGGAUCUACACCUGCGUGGCGGCCAGUUCCAGCGGCGAAACGUCGUGGAGCGCCUUCUUGGAAGUCAAAGAGGCCGGCAGCCUGUUGGUGGUGAAGACCCGGGACGACAUGGAGCUGCCCGGCCCCCCCUCCAAGCCCCAGGUCACGGACGUCACCAAGAACAGCGUGUCCCUGUCCUGGCAGCCCGGUCUGCCCGGCGCUUCGCCCGUCGCCUCCUUCGUCAUCGAGGCCUUCAGCCAAUCGGUGAGCAACAGCUGGCAGACGGUGGCGGACCACGUGAAGACCACCCAGUUCACGGUGAAGGGUCUCCGGCCCAACACCAUCUACCUCUUCAUGGUCCGAGCGGUCAACACCCAGGGCCUGAGCGACCCCAGCCCCAUGUCGGAGCCUGUUCGGACCCAAGACAUCAGCCCCCCGUCGCCGGGCGUGGACCACAGGCACGUGCAGAAGGAGCUUGGAGAGGUCAUAGUUCGCCUGCACAACCCGGUGGUCAUGAGCCCCACCACCAUACAGGUUACCUGGACGGUGGACCGUCAGUCCCAGUUCAUCCAGGGCUACAGAGUUAUAUACAGGCAGUCCUCGGGGCUGCCCUCACCGGGGCCUUGGCAGAGCCAGGAUGUGAAGGUCCCCUCGGAGCGCAGCAUGGUGCUGGGGGCCCUGAAGAAGGGCAUCGUCUACGAGAUCAAGGUGCGGCCGUACUUCAACGAGUUCCAGGGCAUGGACAGCGAGUCGCGGACGGCGCGCACCACAGAAGAAGCGCCCAGUGCCCCCCCCCAGCAGGUGACCGUCCUCACCGUGGGCAACCAGAACAGCACCUCCAUCAGCAUCUCCUGGGACCCCCCUGCGCCGGACCACCAGAACGGCAUCAUCCAGGAGUACAAGAUCUGGUGCCUGGGCAACGAGACGCGCUUCCACGUCAACAAGACGGUGGACGCCGCCAUCCGCUCGGUGGUGGUGGGGGGGCUGCAGGUGGGGGUGAUGUACCGGGUGGAGGUGGCCGCCAGCACCAGCGCGGGUGUGGGGGUGAAGAGUGAGGCCCAGCCCAUCGUCAUAGGGAAGGACUUCCGGGAAGUGAUCGUGCUCGGGGGAAACCGGAACAACAGCAUCACGGAGCAGAUCACCGACGUGGUGAAGCAGCCCGCCUUCAUUGCCGGGAUCGGGGGGGCCUGCUGGGUCAUCCUGAUGGGAUUCAGCAUCUGGUUGUACUGGAGGAGGAAGAAGAGGAAGGGGCUCAGCAACUACGCAGUUCAGUCCUUCACCUUCACCCCUGCAGUGACAUUCCAGAGAGUUGACGGAGGUCUCAUGAGCAACGGAAGCCGUCCGGGACUGCUCAACGCCAGCGACCCAGGGUACCCCUGGCUGGCCGACUCCUGGCCUGCCACCAGCCUGCCCGUGAACAGCGGCUCCGGGGGGCCCAACGACCUCAGCAACUUCGGCCGGGGAGACCUCCCCAACGGCCAGAGCGACAAAUCGGGCACCAUGCUUUCGGACGGAGCCAUCUACAGCAGCAUCGACUUCACCACCAAGGCCAACUACAACAGCCCCGGCCAGGCGUCCCAGGCCACGCCCUACGCCACCACCCAGAUCCUCCACUCCAGCAGCAUCCACGAGCUGGCGGUGGAGCUGCCCGAGGCCCAGUGGAAGGCCUCGCUCCAGGCCAAGCAGGAGAUGGCCAACCUGGGCUACUCGCUGCCCGACAAGAACUCCUGCAACAACACACUCCUUUUCAUGCCCGACUACCGAUUGGCAGAUGGAUUGUCAAAUAGAAUACCACACAACCAAUCACAAGAUUUCAGCACCACCAGCUCUCACAACAGCUCAGAGCGAAGUGGCAGCCUCUCAGGUGGGAAAGGAGGAGGCAAGAAGAAGAAAACCAAGCCGGGUUCCAAACCCACCAAAGCCAACGGCUCCAACUGGGCCAACGUCCCCCUGCCCCCGCCCCCCGUCCACCCUUUGCCGGGCACGGAGAUGGACCACUACCCCAACGACCACCACGACGGGGGAGGGUACGAGAGCGACGGCUGGGGUCCCACCAUGCCGGUGCAGACCUACCUCCACCAGGGCAUGGAGGACGAGCUGGAGGAGGAGGAGGAACGGGUGCCCACCCCUCCGGUGCGGGGCGUGGCCUCGUCGCCGGCGGCCGUGUCCUUCGGCCAGCAGUCCACGGCCACGCUCACGCCCUCGCCCCGCGAGGAGAUGCAGCCCAUGCUGCAGGCCCACCUGGACGAGCUGACCCGGGCCUACCAGAUGGACAUGGCCAAGCAGGCGUGGCACAUGCAGGGGGGCUCUCUGCCGCCCCCCCAGGCCCCGGCCCCCCCGGUGGGCUACGUCUCCAGCACCCUGGUGUCGGACCUGGAGACGGACCUGGCCGACGAUGACGAGGAGGAAGAGGAGGAGGAGGAGGAAGAGGAGGAGGAUGAGGGCUACGGGGUCAGGCAUCACCGUGGCAUCGAACACACGCCGGGCUCCAGCAUGGACAACCUGGACAGCUCCGUCACAGGGUCCAUGGUGAACGGCUGGGGCUCUGCGUCGGAGGACGAGCGUAACUUCUCCAGCCACAGGUCCAGCUACGGCAGCUCCUCGGACGGCUCCAUCUUCACCCAGUGCAGCUUCGCCCAGGCCCUGGUGGCGGCCGCCGACAAGGCCGGCUACCAGCUGGAGGGGACCAGCCUGAGCAAGAGAGGUAAAGGCUUACCGUCUCACCGGCCGCGGCCCAGCAGCCCCUUCUCGACAGACGGCAGCACGGUGGGAACACACAGCCUGGGGCACCAGAGGGCCGCACGCCCCACCCGGAAGCCCCGCGCCCAGGGCACGGCACCCCACCGGAGGGACCCCGCUGCAGACGACCUACCUCCUCCGCCGGAGCCCCCUCCCUGCAUCCCCCAGGGGUCUGGGCGGAUCCAAGGGGCCCGUAGCGUGGGCAGCGUGGGCGCCCCCAGCGAGAGGAAGGCCUCGUCCCUGGAGCGCCAGCCCAUGUCGGGCCCUCUGGCCGGGCAGGAGGAGCCAAAGGCCCGCUCCACCCUGGACCACCACCACCUCCACCACCGCCAGCCCAGCGACCGGCUGGGAGGCUCCAUGGAGCGGGCGGAGGACGGGCGCAGGGGCCUGAAAACAGAGGAGGGGUGCCUGCCCUACAGUAAGCCGUGCUUCCCUUCCCCGGGGGGCCACAGUUCGUCGUCGGGCACGGCCUCGUCCAAGGGCUCCACGGGGCCGCGGAAGGGGGAGGGCCCCAGGCAGCCGCAGCAGUGGACGGCCACGGAGCACGCAGAGUUCCUGGGGGCCAACGGACAGGGCCAGUACUGUGGGGAGUUAUAGUGACCAGCCAGGAGGAUGUUGUCAUCAGAGGGAGAGAGAGAAAGAGACACCUCGUUAGAAGGUACCAUGAACUUUGACCGCUCCUGUAUCCUCUCACGGAGACGGACUGAGGCAGAGGGGAGGGCGCCAGGUCGCAGAACUGUAAAUGCGAUGUACAGACGCAGACAUACUGUGCAUCUCACUGUUUCUGUGCUUCGAGAAAAUAUUUUCCACCUUCUAACGUAAUUGUAAUUUUCUUUUUUGUUAAAAAAACAACAAACAAAAGGAGAAAAAAUGUAAAACACAACCUCUAUACGAGAAACGGUUAAUUUGUUAAAGGAACUGCCCUCAGUGGAAAAUAACUGAAUUAUGUUUCCUGUAAAUACGUCCUUUUAAUUGUCGUUGCAUUGCUAUGCAAGCCUAUUUCAGUUUGAGUUUUUUAUUUUCUAUUUACAGGUGCAGUUGGGUUUUAUCUGGUUAUUUGUAUUAUAUGUGAAUUGCGUGGCGAUUGUGCCAUAAAAAAUAAUUGUUUUAUAAUAAUCCAUUGUUUGUUAAUAGGUAUCAUUUGAUUAAUGACCAUUACUAUUGUUAUAAUUAAUUAAUUAUUGUUUUUGCACUGCAAUUCUUGGUGAUAAGCACAAAAAACAUAAAACUCCUGCUGACAUGAAGAACCGGAGAUGAUAUGUGAAGAGGAGUGUUCUGUACUGUAAAGUAAAGAGAGAUGAGAAUAUAUACUAAUGUACAGAGAUAUAUUAACGGCCCGGGCAUUGCUCUUGGACAGCAACAGAUGGAAAGCUCAUGCCCAGAGUUUGGGCCGGUUGGCUUGUAUUCAGUAGGUGUGGGCUUACUAUAAGGUAGAGAUCCUUAAAGGGGAGGUUCGUUGCUGAUUUAUUGUUUCUUUGUUUUUGAUAGGCUGGAAUUAAAUGCACACGGAGGUUCACUGUAUUGGGGUGAUCUUGUGAUUCUCGUUGAUUAUGUAAUUCCUGCAAACCGAGAGAAGGGUUAAAAUCGGAGGUAUACAAGCAGUCUUCUAAUGUUUUUUCUUCAGUCAUUGUCUUGUCAUUAACGCAGAUUUGGGAUGGGGGGUUAUUGUGAUUAUUGUCUUUUUUUUCUAACCAUGUUUUAUUUAAUUGUAUUCUUUUCCCUCUCAUGUGGAGGUUUCACCCUGGUUACUAUACUAUACGAUUGUUGCUUGGCUCCUAACCUAUACCUAUCCUAACCUAAGGAGCAGCUGAAACUAUGGGAGACUGAGAGGAGAAAUAUGAAAUUACAAAAUACAUCUGUCCACGACACAACUGCAGUUGGCCUCAAGAUGUCUGCCAUUUGUUUUGUUUUGGUUGUUGUAUGUAAGGGUACCUUAGAGAUAAUUCUGGAAGAAGUUCCGAAGGAGAUAAUUUAUUGGUUUACAUUGGUCCUGUUUUUUGUGGUUUUCAUUUUGUGUUAUUUCUUUCUCUCAAUGUUCAACAUUGUUUGCUAUUUUGGAGCACUUAAUUUGUUUUGGUUUGCAGUUAUUUUUCUUAAUUCCCUUACUUCGAGAAAAACAUUUGGCAUACAUGCCACCAGCCUGGUUGGGUGAACGUGCUGGUAUUUUAUCAUUAUUCGAUUAAAUCAGAAGACUGUGGUGCGGUACCUCAAUUAUACUAUUAGCACGUAGCGGUUGGCCAUCUAUUCAGCGUCGGUCGACCCUCCGAACUGGAGAAGAGCGAAGGGCAAAGCGAACGAGGCGGGAUAGCCUAGCUUUCUGCGGAGACGCCGAUAGCUUCUGAAGCAGACAGGAGCGGUUGUUAUGGAGAUAAGCCUUGUGGUGGAGCCAGCAGGUCUCACUGCCUCGUCCUCUAAAGCCACAGACAGGAGCCCUCUACUUCCUGUCUCACCCCUUCUCCCCCCCCCCUCCCACUGUAAAACACCUCUCUGCCCCCCCCCUCCCAUUGCCACGUACGAUGGAUCUCACCCUCUUGUCCGCAAUGUUCUAAAAAUGAUGUCCCUAUUGUGGGUUUUUUUCUUUCUUUUUUUUUGCAUUUAAUUUGUUAGAAAAAUGCCUUUUAUGGACUCAAACACACAAAAUCGCUGCUUAAAGUAACAUUUUUGGAUGAGGAAAAUGUCUUCUUUUAUCUUGAAGUGUUUUUGACGGUUGGAAGGACGAAGGUUGUCAAUGUCGCUGUUGUACUGUUGGCUUCAUCCCCGUCUCAUCCCGUCACCAGCCAGAGUUCUGGACAUGAGGUGCAAAGAGUAUCUCAGGUUAUUUUGCAUUUUGGUGAUGUUUGUAUGUGUGUGUGUGUGUGUGUGUAUGUAUAUACAUAUAUAUAUAUAAAUAUCUGUGUAUAUAUCCAUAUGCCUCUCCUAACUUGGUCACGCCGUUUCAGUUCCAUCGCUGAAAACAAUCCCCAACUGUCGCGUCCUAUACUGUUGUCCGCCAUUUUGAAUUUAGAAUUUCUUUUUUUAUUUUUUAUUAUUCCAACUAUAACGUGCUGGACCAUCCAACUUAAAAAACAAGAUGUCAGUGACAGAACAUACCAAAUUAAUAUUGAUAUUUCCAGCGUCAAAGGCGUUUUUUCGUGUCUCUUUAAUACUCAUGUUCUCUUUUUUUUUUCCUUUUCUUUUGGAAUCACAGUGUUGUUGUUUUCGUAUUUAUUAAAAAUGAUAAUAAAGGUAUAUUGUGAAAUAUGCAUAAAGAUUUGUGGACUAUAAGAUGUCUUCUUUUUUUUUGUUCCUUGUAAAGAGUGUAAUGUGAGUAAAGAGUUGGGGGUCCUGAACGGUGGUCGGCUUGGCGACAGAAAGAUUCCAUGGUUUUCCAGAAGGUUCCGAGUCACUCUUUGUCAUGCAUGUUUACCACGCUGCUUCUCUCAUGUCAAAACUUAACCGACUAAAAAUCCUUUCCGGAACACAAGGAGCAAAAAAAUCAAAUAAACGCUCAACAUUUUUGCUUGUCGAGACAACAGAAAAAAAAUGAAACUUUUAUUUUGGCAAGGAUGGAAAAGUACUCUGGCCUUUCCGCUCUCUCUCUCUCUCUCUCUCUCUCUCUCUCUCUCUCUCUCUCUCUCUCUCUCUCUCUCUCUCUCUCUCUCUCUCUCUCUCUCUCUCUCCCCCUCUCUCUGUUGUUCCUUUGUUCUCAAUAUUGUUGGUUCUUUGUAGCCUAUCUGUGUGUCGCCUUUUUGCUAUAAAAGUGGAUUAAAAAAUAAGAUAAAAAGUAAAGUUGUUGGGUGACGUCUUUCUGUACAGUGCAGGGACGAGGUGAUGGCUCCCUGCUCCUAUGCCAUUUAUACAUACUGCUCUUUUCUUUCUGUAAAGAGAACAACUUUACUGUAUUCACUUGCAUGUCCUUGUCCAAGAGAAAACGUGGAUUGAGAAAAUAAACUUUUACAGUGUCAUUCCUCAUGUCCUGUAAGAUAAAGUCAUGUUCUUUCUUUUCUUGUACCUGGAUCACUAUCAAAUAAAAAAAUAUUUUUGAAAAAUUAAG